AUCUAGAUGACCGGUCGGUCGGUUUUUGAAAACCAAUGAAGCAAGCAAACCAAAUUGCCUUCAAAAGAAGCACAGAUUAUAUAGAGAAGUAAAAAGAAAGCUACCCUUUGGAACUUUCCUCUGUUUGAUUAAAAAAAACCCUAAUUCAUUAUCUAUGACCUCAAUUCUUUGAGUAAUUAGGGUUUUCUUUUCACUCUUCUUUACCUUUAAGCUCCUUCGUCCUCCCUCCAAUUCAAGCAGGACACAUGGCUAGCGGUGAGGAUGGCAAGGAACCAGAAUGGGUAGAGAGAGUACGAUCAGAGGGACCUGUUCCACUACUUGAACCAGAUAACUGUCCGAAUGGUUGGGCAUGUCCACCCGGGGAUAACUUCAUGGUAAGGGGUCCGGAGUACUUCACAAACAAGGUUAAAAUUCCUGGUGGUAAAUAUCUGCUUAAGUCUCUUGGUUUUGACUGGAUUAGAACUUCGACAAAGCUCUGUGAUCUCUUGAGCCAUCGUAAAAAUCGUGUUAUAAAGGUUAUUGAUGAAGCCUUUACAAUAGGUGAUAAGCCUUUUAUUUGGGCAUUUAAUCUUCAGCUCCCAACUAAGGACAGCUAUAGUGCUGUAGCUUAUUUUGUAACCACUGAACCUAUUCCAGAGGGUUCUUUGAUGUACCAGUUCUUGAAAGGUGAUGACGCAUUCAGAAAUUCAAGGCUAAAAUUGAUCGCUAACAUUGUCAAAGGGCCAUGGAUCGUUAGAAAAGCAGUUGGGGAGCAAGCAAUAUGCGUCAUUGGACGAGCCCUUUCUUGCAAGUAUUGUAUAACUGAGAAUUUUUGUGAAGUUGAUAUUGAUAUUGGAUCUUCAAUGAUUGCAAGUGCUAUUGUUCACCUGGCGUUUGGUUAUAUCACAACUCUGACAGUUGACCUAGCUUUUCUUAUUGAGAGUCAGACUGAAACAGAGCUUCCCGAACGGCUCUUAGGUGGUGUACGGUUCUCUGAACUGAAACCCGAUUCUGCUGAGUUUAUUGAACCGUCGUCUUACGGGAGCAGUGAGAAUUUGCAAGCAUCACUGCCAACACGGUUAUGGAAGUCACUUGGACAGGGAUUUUCUCAGCUUAUUCAUCCAGGAGCUCAAGAAAGUGGCUCGGUCUCUACUUCAACAACCCAAGUUAAUGGCGCUGCUGGUCAUGACGAAAGUGAUGGAGAUGUUAAGAAAUGAUUAAUUAGAUGGUCAUGAUCGAACAAUUGUACACAUUGCUGCUUCGCAGAAGCUUCGAUUUUAAUCGUUUGCAGAUUCCAUCGUUUGCAAGCAUUUGGUGACACGUGGCUGAAUCAUUUACAGAAUCUAUUUAUUAGUAUUUUGUAAUAUUUAUUUUCAAUCUCUUUCAGUUUAUAGUAAAUUAACCACAAAUAAUGUGUACCAAUAUUACUGUCAUAUAUCACCUUUAUUUCCCCUA